CUUGAGGGAGUCCGCCAAAACUGGGCUUGGGAACAGGAAGGCUUUGCCUGUUUAUUUGGAUUCUCAGGGUAGUCAAUUUUGCCACCUCUUGGCUAUCAGCUGCUUUGGAGAUUGGUUUCAUGGUAAGGAUUCUUUCUUUAAGGUGAUAUGGAGCAACUACUUUCACAGGGGCACCAGCCCCUUUGCUUUUACUCUGUCCAAAGUUAAAAUGUCACUGAAAAACGAGCCACGGGUAAAUACCUCUGCACUGCAGAAAAUUGCUGCGGACAUGAGUAAUAUCAUAGAAAAUCUGGACACGCGGGAACUCCACUUUGAGGGAGAGGAGGUAGAAUACGACGUGUCUCCCAGCGAUCCCAAGAUACAGGAAGUGUAUAUCCCUUUCUCUGCUAUUUAUAACACUCAAGGAUUUAAAGAGCCUAAUAUACAGACGUAUCUCUCCGGCUGUCCAAUAAAAGCACAAGUUCUGGACGUGGAACGCUUCACAUCUACAACAAGGGUACCAAGUAUUAAUCUUUACACUAUUGAAUUAACACAUGGGGAAUUUAAAUGGCAAGUUAAGAGGAAAUUCAAGCACUUUCAAGAAUUUCACAGAGAGCUGCUCAAGUACAAAGCCUUUAUCCGAAUCCCCAUUCCCACUAGAAGACACACAUUUAGGAGGCAAAACGUCAGAGAGGAGCCUCGAGAGAUGCCCAGUUUGCCCCGUUCAUCUGAAAACAUGAUAAGAGAAGAACAAUUCCUUGGUAGAAGAAAACAACUGGAAGAUUACUUGACAAAGAUACUAAAAAUGCCCAUGUAUAGAAACUAUCAUGCCACAACAGAGUUUCUUGAUAUAAGCCAGCUAUCUUUCAUACAUGAUUUGGGACCAAAGGGCAUAGAAGGUAUGAUAAUGAAAAGAUCUGGAGGACACAGAAUACCAGGCUUGAAUUGCUGUGGUCAGGGAAGAGCCUGCUACAGAUGGUCAAAAAGAUGGUUAAUAGUGAAAGAUUCCUUUUUAUUGUAUAUGAAACCAGACAGCGGUGCCAUUGCCUUCGUCCUGCUGGUAGACAAAGAAUUCAAAAUUAAGGUGGGGAAGAAGGAGACAGAAACGAAAUAUGGAAUCCGAAUUGAUAAUCUUUCAAGGACACUUAUUUUAAAAUGUAACAGCUAUAGACAUGCUCGGUGGUGGGGAGGGGCUAUAGAAGAAUUCAUCCAGAAACAUGGCACCAACUUUCUCAAAGAUCAUCGAUUUGGGUCAUAUGCUGCUGUCCAGGAGAAUGCUUUAGCUAAAUGGUAUGUUAAUGCCAAAGGAUAUUUUGAAGAUGUGGCAAAUGCAAUGGAAGAGGCAAAUGAAGAGAUUUUUAUCACAGAUUGGUGGCUGAGUCCAGAAAUCUUCCUGAAACGCCCGGUGGUUGAGGGAAAUCAUUGGAGGUUGGACUGCAUUCUUAAACGAAAAGCACAACAAGGAGUGAGGAUCUUCAUAAUGCUCUACAAAGAGGUAGAACUUGCUCUUGGCAUCAAUAGUGAAUACACCAAGAGGACUUUGAUGCGCCUACAUCCCAACAUUAAGGUGAUGAGACACCCGGAUCAUGUGUCAUCCACCGUCUAUUUGUGGGCUCACCACGAGAAGCUUGUCAUCAUUGACCAAUCGGUGGCUUUUGUGGGAGGGAUUGACUUGGCCUAUGGAAGGUGGGACGACAAUGAGCACAGACUCACAGACGUCGGCAGUGUGAAGCGGGUCACUUCAGGACCAUCUCUGGGUUCCCUCCCACCUGCCACAACAGAGUCUAUGGAAUCCUUAAGACUCAAAGGUAAAAAUGAGCCUGAUCAAAACCUACCCAUCCAGAAGAGUGUUGAUGAUGUGGAUUCAAAACUGAAAGGAAUAGGAAAGCCAAGAAAGUUCUCCAAAUUUAGUCUCUACAAGCAGCUCCACAGGCACCACCUGUACAACGCAGAUAGCAUCAGCAGCAUUGACAGCAGCUCCAGUUAUUUUAAUCAUUAUAGAAGUCAUCACAAUUUAAUCCAUGGUUUAAAACCCCACUUCAAACUCUUUCGCCCGUCCAGUGAGUCUGAGCAAGGACUCACUAGACCUAAUGCUGAUACGGGGUCCAUCCGCAGUUUACAGACAGGUGUGGGAGAGCUGCAUGGGGAAACCAGAUUCUGGCAUGGAAAGGACUACUGCAAUUUCGUCUUCAAAGACUGGGUUCAACUUGAUAAACCUUUUGCUGAUUUCAUUGACAGGUACUCCAUGCCCCGGAUGCCCUGGCAUGACAUUGCCUCUGCAGUCCACGGGAAGGCGGCUCGUGAUGUGGCACGUCACUUCAUCCAGCGCUGGAACUUCACGAAAAUUAUGAAAUCAAAAUAUCGGUCCCUUUCUUAUCCUUUUCUGCUUCCAAAGUCUCAAACAACAGCCCAUGAGUUGAGAUAUCAAGUGCCUGGGUCUGUCCACGCUAACGUACAGUUGCUCCGCUCUGCUGCUGAUUGGUCUGCUGGUAUAAAGUACCAUGAAGAGUCCAUCCAUGCUGCUUAUGUCCAUGUGAUAGAGAACAGCAGGCACUAUAUCUAUAUUGAAAACCAGUUUUUCAUAAGCUGUGCUGAUGACAAAGUUGUGUUCAACAAGAUAGGCGAUGCCAUUGCCCAGAGGAUCCUGAAAGCUCACAGGGAAAACCAGAAAUACCGGGUAUAUGUCGUGAUACCGCUUCUGCCAGGGUUCGAAGGAGACAUUUCAACCGGCGGAGGAAAUGCUCUACAGGCAAUCAUGCACUUCAACUACAGAACCAUGUGCAGAGGAGAAAAUUCCAUCCUUGGACAGUUAAAAGCAGAGCUUGGUAAUCAGUGGAUAAAUUACAUAUCAUUCUGUGGUCUUAGAACACAUGCAGAGCUCGAAGGAAACCUAGUCACUGAGCUUAUCUAUGUCCACAGCAAGUUGUUAAUUGCUGAUGAUAACACUGUUAUUAUUGGCUCUGCCAACAUAAAUGACCGCAGCAUGCUGGGAAAGCGUGACAGUGAAAUGGCUGUCAUUGUGCAAGAUACAGAGACUGUUCCUUCAUUAAUGGAUGGAGAAGAGUACCAGGCUGGCCGGUUUGCCCAAGGACUUCGGCUACAGUGCUUUAGGGUGGUGCUUGGCUAUCUUGAUGACCCAGGUGAGGACAUUCAGGAUCCAGUGAGUGACAAAUUCUUCAAGGAGGUGUGGGUUUCAACUGCGGCUCGAAAUGCUACAAUUUAUGACAAGGUGUUCCGGUGCCUUCCCAAUGAUGAAGUACACAAUUUAAUUCAGCUGAGAGACUUUAUAAACAAGCCCAUAUUAGCUAAGGAAGAUCCCAUUCGAGCUGAGGAGGAACUGAAGAAGAUCCGUGGAUUUUUGGUGCAAUUCCCCUUUUAUUUCUUGUCUGAAGAAAGCCUACUGCCUUCUGUUGGAACCAAAGAGGCCAUAGUGCCCAUGGAGGUUUGGACUUAAGAGAUAUUCAUUGGCAACUCAAGGACUUCCACCCUGAAGACCACACUGCACACAGUGACUUCCUGGAGAUGUCAUAGCCAAAGCCAGGCCCGAUGCAUUCUCGUAUCCAACCCAAGGACCUUUUGGAAUGACUGAGGAGGGCUGCAGCCAUACUGAUGUAAGGACUCUGAACAUCAGCAAGGCUUUAUAAUUCCUUCUGCCUAACCUUGUAAAAAGGGGGCUGCAUUCUUGUUGGUAGCAUGUACUGUGUGGAGUAAUACACAUAUUCAAAUUCCGUAUACCAAAAUCCAUUUCCUUUGUAACAAGAAUUUACCUAUAACUGUGAUCUAGGUUGCCAAAAGUUGUCUGAAUCUCCUUAUUCUUCUCUGAUCUUCAUUUAUGCAGCCAAUGUCUAUCUGGACCUGCCCUCAUCUUGCAGUUCAUACAGGCACUGUUUGAGAAAUUGUUUAUUAUUAGGUGUUGUAAUGCUGCUUCAAGAUUCUUCAUGGUUACAUGGGAUGCCCCUGCUCAUCUGGUCCUGAAGUAGUAACAUUCACCCAAAUGAGGAUGUAGUCAUUAUUCCUUUUCAGUCACUGUAUGAACAAGGCCUACACAGUAGACUGUGUAGGUAAAUUCCAAUAUUGAGACAGAGAUUUAUUUCAUUUUGCUCCCAAAGGCACUGACAACAUGAGUCCUUGUGAUUAGCCCCACCUGAUCAAAUGUAAAAACAUGCAUGGGAUAUUUGAUUACAUAACAACCAGCUAAAACUGAGAGCACACAGCCUUCAGAAACCCCCAAGGUGUCAAGGGGGAUCAGAUCCAGAUAAGAGAAGAUGAUUCCUUCCAGUCCUGUAAAAUUUCCUGUCAUCCUUAGCUGCUGGGUUGAUUGAAAUUUGAUCUGUACAUUUCAAAAUCAAACCAGUGAAUACAGUUUGUCUUUCAAGAGAAUCAGAGGCAUCGUAACUCCUACCAAGUUAGUAAGUAUGAGUCUAACCUUGUUUGACAUUCAGCUCUUCUGCUACAUUAUCUUCUUUGAGAAAAAUUAAUUGAUUAUAAAAUAUGUGCUAGUUCACUUACAUUAUUAAAUAUGUAUUAUUAAAUAUGUAUUAACGCCUCUCACCAGGGCUUUCAGUAAAGUUACAAUGCCCUAGUUUGUGAAUUAGUCUGGAAACGUGUUUUUCCUUUUCUGAUGUUAGAGUACCCUUUGAUAAACUAAAUUUUACUAAGCAGAACAACUCUGACAGUCUAAAGAGCUAAUGUGGGUUCCCAAAAGGCCUGUACCUGUAAAACAAAAUGCAGGUGUAAUGAUUAUACAUGUCUAUGGAUUACCUGGACAGACUCUCAUUUGGGUUGUUCUUCAAAGAAGCAAGCAGCCAAUCCCUGUUUUCAUAAAGCUAAUACUUCAGUUGGAAAAAUUAAACAGGAACACAAAGUCAGGGAUAGGGGUUAGCAGAAGAGAGAAACAGCGUCACAUCAAGGGCAGGAUCUCAUAGCUAGGGAACAUUUCACAAAUAAGGUGAGAUUUUGUAACCAAUAAUAAAAAUGAAUGUUUUUUAUAAGUAAAUAACUUAUUUUUCAUAUGGCUAAAGAUGGUAAAAUGACUUCAUUCUAUAGCCAUUGUAAAUAAGAAUUUGCUAUUGAUGAAAGAAGUUCGGAUUGGCAUUUGAAGUAUUGAGUGUAUGAGAUCUCUAAGGAUUUCUUAGAUUUUAUAUUUAAAUAUUUUUUAAACCUUAGAGGAGUCAACAAACGGGCUCUUGAUUUUCAGCACCCUACUCUCAUGAAAAAAGCCUGAAAGGACCCUUUCCCUUAUAAGUAAUUUAAUCCAAUUUCUCCCCAUUUUAUAGAUGAGGAAACUGAGGCUCACAUCAGAUGAGGACUCACUUAAAUCCACUCAAUAUGUAGAUGGUAGAGCUGGGACUAGCAACAUUGCUGCAGCCUAUUGUUGGCCUCUCUCUUCACUUUAUCAUUGCCCAAGAAUGAGGAUAUGCAGUAAACAGAAUUCAGGCAAGAUACCUCUAAGCUGUUUUUGAACCCUCUGAUAUUUUGUAUUUAUGUGUUUGUCUGUCUCCCCCUACUAGAAUGUAAGCUCCAUGGGGCAGGGACUUCAGUGUAUUUUGUUCAUAGUGUAUCCCCAGAGCCUGGACCAGUGCUUGGCACAUAGGAGAUGUCAAUAAAUGCUUGUAGAAUUAAUAAACAAGGUGAAGGAGAGAGCUAAUGAAAUGAAAAUCUUAGUCUCAU